AUGAGUACAUCGCAGUCAGCACUUCUUCACCACGACCCGCGUUCGCUCUACUCCGACAUCCCCCCGGAUCUACGUACCAGGCUAGAAGACCACCCGACGCUCUUGGUUAGCUGGUGGGCCACCGGGUUUUCCCUCGCCAUUAUCGUCACCCGCGUAUGCGGCCGCUACAUCCGAAUCGAGCGGUUCUUCCCGGAGGACAAGGUCAUGAUGGCCAGCAUCAUUCCGCUGGUGAUUCGCAUGGCCUUUGUUCACAUGGUGCUUGUAUAUGGCACUAACAACACCAAGACGGAGGGCUUGUCGGCCGAGGACAUUCAUCAUCGCGAACUUGGCAGCAAGCUGGUGCUUGCGGCGCGCAUCUUCUAUGCGAUCUUCAUAUGGACCGCCAAGUUCACAGUAUGCUCCUUUCUCAAGCGCGUCGUGGGGAUGAUGUGGCGUCGAUCUUUGCAGCUCUUCCUCAAAUUCCUCUACUAUUUCCUCGCUUCCACGUUGAUCGCCGUGGUGAUCGCAACGCUAACUGAAUGUCAACCAUUCCACCACUACUGGCAAGUCGUUCCAGACCCGGGGCCCCAGUGCCGCUCCGGAUAUGCCAACCUGAUCACCAUGGGCACCUGCGAUAUCAUCACGGAUCUACUUCUCGUUGCGUUCCCUAUCCCUCUCAUUAUGAUGACCCAUAUGCCCGUCAAACGAAAGGCCUCGCUGGUCAUUCUCUUCGCCUUGUCCCUGAUCCUGGUGGGCAUCACCUGCUACCGGGUGCCCUCGGUGAUCUGGCACAACGGCUCCCAGCAGUACCGGUCCCUACUAGCAUCGCUGGAAAUCCUGGCCGCGACCGCCGUCUCCAACGCGGUGGUGAUCGGCUCCUUCGUGCGCGACAAGGGCGUCAAGAAACAGAAGUUCAAGAAAGCGCUGGGCUCCGCCUCCGUCAGCGAGAGCAUGGACUACAGCUCCCUGCGCCGCGUGACCAUCACCCACCACCAAUGGGGCAGCGACUCCGACCUGGCUGCCGGCCUGGGCAUCCGUCUGAACCCGGAUCUCUGCUCGUCCGACACCAACUGGCCCCAGCCAAGCCCCAACACCACCCCGUUCCCGUUCACCGCGCGCACCGGCACCCUCAACCCCAACUGGUCGUUCACCCGCCAGCCGAGCGACGACGACCGCACCUCCACGACCGGCAGCCUCGACCUCAAGGUGAGCCCCCACGAGUACAUCGAGACCACCAAGACCCCGCGCAAGUCGUCCGGCGACGCCGCCACCGCAAUGUCGUCCCCCAGCAAGGUCAGCAUGUUCGACGUCGGCGGGCUAUUGAACGAACCGUCGCCCGCGCCGCACAAAGCCCCCAUUCCACCACAGACGGUACCACCGCCCCCGGCUGCGACUCGGCGACCGACUCGCCGCCGCGGCAGCACGGCGUUCCUCCAGGACGUGGGCGGACUGCUGGCGUCCCCGGACCCGGUGCCUGCUGCAUCGCAGCCAUCCCCGUCCCAUCCGCCGCCGCGCCUGGGUGUCCUGCGGACAUAUUCCAGCGGCCGACGACGCGGGUCCAGCGUGCACUGGAGCGAUUCGUCGGACAGCCCGGUGCCGCCGUACCGGGCGGGAUCAGACGUCACGGCGCCGAUCCCGGAGGGUGCCAACGAUGUCGAGCUCCAGGAUGUGGGCGGGCUACUUUCGCGGAAUUCAUGA